AUGUCAAGCUCGACAACAGUAGCUAUUAUUGGUGCUGGUGCCUGUGGAUUGGUAUGUGCUAAAGUACUGCUUGAUGAUGGUUUCGAUGUAACUCUUUUCGAACGAAACGAAGAAUUAGGCGGUAUUUGGUCUUCAAAAAUAGCCUAUGCCAACUUGCACAAUCAACAACCAGGAGGCACAUUUGAAUUCUCUGAUCUUUAUGAUGGUGAAGAAUUUUCUUCUUGGCAAUAUGUUCAUGAUUAUUUGCAAAAAUAUGCCGAUUUAUUUCAUAUAAUUGAACGAAUUCGAUUUCAAACUCAAGUUCUAUCUGUUUCGAAAGAUAAUCUAAAAGAUGAUACUAUUCCAUGGAGUGUUGAAAUUGAAACAAUAAGUGGCAACGAGGAAACGAAGAAAUUUGAUUUUGUUAUUGUAGCUACUGGUCUCUUUCCAAAGCCAUUUACACCGAUUUAUCAUGGGCAAAGUAAAUUUGCCGGUUCAAUUCUAUCUCCAAUUGAUAUUAAAUCACAUAAGCAAUUAGCAGAUAAAAAUGUGCUAGUAGUCGGUUGCGGUAAAAGUGCAGCUGACAUGGCAGUUUUAGCUGGUAAAUAUGCCCGAUCAUGUUAUUUAGUAUUUCGAAAGGCACAUUGGAUGACUCCAAGAACAAUCAUGGGUGGUUUGCUCCCAUUACGACUUUUAUUGACUCGUGCAAUGUCUAUUCCAUUUACUCCGGUGCCUGAUGCUCCCCAUAGUGCUCUAUUUCGUUAUCUUCAUGAAAAAUUUCCAAAGGUAUUCGCCACAUUGACUACUGGAAUAGGAAAUGAUAAAAUAUUCACCAAUGGGCCUGAUUUAUACAAUGAUAAAAUAUUUAUACCUCAAUAUCCAUAUCGAAACUUAGAAAACAUUGUGAUUAUACCUUCUGACUUUAUUCGACUUAAAAGCGAAGGUCGUAUUAUUGGACGGUUAGGAAUCAUCGAUGAAAUUAUCGACCGCACAACAGUUCGAUUGAAUACCGGAGAAGAAUUACAAGUUGAUAUGGUUAUAUCAGCAACUGGAUAUAUUCGACAGUUUCCUUUUUUCUCUCAAGAACAUGCUCAAAUGAUGAAUUUAACGGAAAGUAAUGGAAAUAUUGAACUGAAUCUUUAUCGUCGAGUUAUACCUGUUGGUAUACCCAACAUAGCAUUUAUUGGUUUCACAGGAGCGUCAAGCUAUUGGAUGGUUGCUGAAGUCGCCAGUCAUUGGAUAUCAGAUUAUUUUCUGAACCGUCUUGAGCUACCCAACUCCGAAGAAAAAAUGUAUGAAGAAAUCAGAACAAGUCGGAAUUUUAUUAGAAAACUGUUUGGACGAGAGGAACAUGAAUUCAGAUAUUAUUGGGCAGCGCCAAUGGAAAUCUAUAUGAAUGACAUGGGUUUAGCAUUACAUAGAACAAAUAAUUGGAUAUCGGAAUAUUUCGGAGUCUAUCGACCAAAUCGUCUUAAAGGUUUACAUGAAGAACGUAAAAUAAUCGCUGAAACAGGUCAGAGACCUCGACGAUUUUAUUUUAGUUUUCAACUGAACAUUUUUAUUAUUGCACUUUUAAUACUCGUGUAUUUCUUUUUUGUCUAA